AUGUUUCACCCCCUCCCCCUCCUUCUUCUCUGGCUCUUUCUCCUGCCGCCGCCGGGCUGGUGCCAGAGCAACGGCCAGUAUGAUGUUUGCCGAUCUUUACGUAUCUCGGAGGCUGGACCAGGAUGGGAGUUUUAUGCCUGCCAGCCUCCACCUGCCAACAUGAAGGAGGUGAUGCAGAUCAAAGUCGACCCCCCUGGCAUCACCUGCGGAAACCCACCAGAGAGAUUCUGUACACUGGAGAACCCGUACCUGUGCAGUGACGAGUGUGAUGCAUCCAGCCCUGACUUGUCUCACCCUCCUCAGCUGAUGGGAGACAGAGAGAGAGGGGGGCUCAUCACCUACUGGCAGACAGUCACGUGGUCUAAGUUUCCAGAGCCCCUUUUGGCAAACAUCACGCUGUCCUGGAACAAGAGUUUAGAGGUUGUUGAUGACAUCAACAUUACCUUCGAGUAUGGCCGACCAACCAGCAUGGUGCUGGAGAAAUCACUAGACAAAGGUGUAACAUGGCAACCAUACCAGUAUUAUGCUGAUGAUUGUCUGGAGACAUUUGGUAUGUCUCCAAAACGAGUCUCUGAAUUGGCUCCGAGUAACAUAACCAGGGUUAUCUGCACAGAGCAGUACUCUCGCUGGGUCGGAGCUAAGGAGGAAAAGAUGGUGGUGUUCGAGGUUCGUGCCCGGUUUGGGGUGUUUGCAGGUCCAAAGCUGAUCAACAUGGAUGCCCUGUACACCCGCAUGGAGACCAUGAAGGGUCUGAGAGACUUCUUCACCUUCACCAAUCUCAGGCUGAGACUCCUCCGCCCAGCCCUGGGUGGGACUUAUGUCCAACGAGAUAACCUGUUGAAAUACUUCUAUGCUAUUUCAAACAUUGAUGUGCCUGCAAGAUGCAAGUGUAACCUGCAUGCCUCCCAGUGUGUGUUACGUGAUGGGACGCUGAUGUGUGAAUGUGACCACAACACAAGUGGACAGGACUGUCAGCGCUGUGGCCCAGGAUUCAAUCCCCGCAGCUGGAAACCGGCAUCAUACCUGCCUCUGCCUAUAGGCACUGCCAAUAUCUGUAUGUACUGAAACACAGUGACAACACCUGGAACGUCCUUCGGCAAUUGUGAGUGCAAUGGUCACUCCAAUCGCUGCAGCUACAUUGACUUCAUCAACGUUGUCACUUGUGUGAGCUGCAAACACAACACACGAGGACAGAACUGCCAAUACUGCCGCCUUGGUUAUUAUAGGAAUAUCUCUGUGGCGCUAGACGACGAGCAAGUCUGUGUUGAGUGUGACUGUGAUCUGGAGGGCAGUCUUUCUCCUCACUGCUCUGACUUGGGCCUGUGUCAGUGUAAACCUGGAGGCUCGGGCCGGCGCUGUGACUCCUGUUUACCUGGAUACACCUGGAGAGGAGACGGCGCCAGCUGCACAGAGAACCUGUGUGACGAUGAGCGUUUGAUUUGUCAAAAUGGAGGAACCUGUGUCGACUUCCAGCAGUGCCUUUGUCCCGACAACUUCACAGGUUCUUUCUGUGAGAACACUGUUUGCUUGAAGAAAGGCGGUUGCCUUGAAAACGCUGAAGGCUCCUCCUCCUCUCUGACCUCACAUCUCUGCCUGUUGACCCUAAGUCUGAUGUACUCCACCUUCUGCUGACCAUGCCUGCUGUCA